UGUCUAACUGGCAGUACUGUAACAGUACAAAUAUUCAUCAAACACAGUGAUGGCUCUGUGGCUGUAUUCAAGUUAUUAUUGUAACUAGUAUUAAGGGAAUUUUAGCUUCAUAUACCUUAAGCUAGCAAUUCUGCUUCCCUUACCAUAUGCUGCCCUUACCCGAUACCUGUUAUAAUAGCUCACACAAUUUCUAAAUAAGCUGCAACACAUUGAAUAUGACAAAGAAAGUUCACUAUUCUCUGUUUAGGAAAUUCCUGUAAUCUGAAAAGUCUGCUUCUGAUGUCUUUAUUAUAAGAGGAAUCCGGUUAUCUUUCUCUUUUAAAAUAAUGUGAAUGUACUGCUGGUGGCUAUAAUAUUCGACGUAAAAUUCUUCAACAACUCCACAAGCUCAGCGGUGUUGUUUUUAGGGCAGUUAGGCCAUGAGUAGCUACUAAAGCAUAGGCUAUAUUGUUGUGUUCCGGGGUGAAGGCAGGAGGAUGUGUGGUUUGCUGCAUAAGCGUAACGGAGCCCGCAAGAAGGAGCGUCACAGAAAAAGAGUGAGAACAUCCUCCAUAGAAAGCUUCUAGUGAAGCGCAGGUGUCUCUCGCCACUGUUCCUACUGGAAUACAUUCCUCACCGUCACUCCGCAGGCGGUUUCGUGUUUGGCGGAAAUGUAUCUUAUCUCUCUUUGUUGGGGUCUAGAUUUCAGAGAAACUUUGUUGGCGUCUGGAAACCUGAGAUACUGGCGUUUUACAACAAAUUCGUAUUUUCUUUUAUCAUUGAGUGGAAACGAAACGUGCAGACGAGACAAUGCAAACAGUUAUUGAAAUGGAGGAUGGGAAAUUGCAGUCACAGAGGAAAAGCGCCAAAGGAAAAUUCGUGUUCACUGCCCACUGUUAAGAAACUCCUGGAGCAGAAGAGGAAGCGAGAAACAGCUACUUCCCCAUCUUCCUCAACCUCCUCAUUCUCAUUGGUGACCACUUCAAUUGCCAGUGCUUCUGUCCCUGUGUCACUGCCAGAACAGGGUACCCAAACAGGUGGUAACUGCAGCUAUCAGGGCAUCAUGGGAGCUGUGGGGCCCAUGUUGCCACCGGCCACUAGUGUGUGGAACCAUCCCAACUCCCCUCAGUGCUCAAACUUGCAACAGGACUGCCCCAUUCCUUCUGUGGGAGGCUACUUUAACACUGUGGCAACCUCGCUGGAUUGUGGCCAGAGUCAGGCCUACAGCCCUGGCCUGACCCCAAGCUUCACGACACAGCAACCAGAUUACAGUUGUGCCAUGAGCAUCCAUCACUAUUUAGAAUGCCCCAUGACAGUGACCCUCUCUGGUUCAGUUCACUCGGGGGUGCAGCAGUCUCUGAGUUACUCUUGGACACCCGUGAGUAGCCUUCAUAGUCAUGGAGCCCCAAGCCCUCAGGGAUUCGGGGAAGAGAUGGAUGCUGGGAAACUGGAGGAGGCACGCAUGUCCCUUCAGGCGAUGGACUACAGUAAGAAGAUGUGGCAGGAUGAAGAUGGAGACACGAUCUUGCAUAUCUACACGGCAAAGGGGCUGAGGGAGUACGCUUUUGCAGCUGCGGAAAACUUGCGGGACCUGGGCAAGCUAGAUUCCAAAGAACAUAAAGGAAAGACUGCUCUGCUGGUAGCAGCGACAGCAAAUCAGUCACUAAUUGUCCAGGACCUUCUUUUGCUGGGGGCGGACGUCAAUGCCUGUGAUGAUAAGGGUCAGACUGCACUCCACCUAGCAGCUACCUAUGGAUUCCCCAGAGUAAUGCAGACAAUUCUUUCCAUGGGACUGAAUGUGAACCUGGAGGCUCGCAAUUUUGAAGGACUGACUCCCCUGCACUGUGCAGCCAUCUCCCACAGUGCCACCAUGAAGUCCUUUUUUACCCCAGUGUCUGACCUGCACAGCCUGGCGGAAGACAAACUCUCCUGCAUCCAGCUUCUGCUUAGUUCUGGAGCAUCCCUCCUCAGCCAGGACAUCAAGAGCAACAAGACAGUUCUACACCUGGCUGUGAAGGAAGGCAAUGUGAUGCUGGUGCGAAUCCUGCUGCAGAUUAACCUGGCAGACACACAGGCUUUCGUUAAUAUGAAGGCGCAUGGUAACACUGCUCUGCACAUGGCAGCUGGCUUGCAUGGUAGCUGCCACCAGGAGGAGGUGAUCCGCUUACUGCUGAACCACGGAGCUGAUCCCAGCAUCCGCAACCUGGAGAACGACCAGCCUGCGCACCUGCUGCAGAGUGGGGAAAAGGGAGAACAGCUGAAGUUCCUCCUCAAAAAGCGAAAUGCUGCCUCUCGACGGCGUAUUACAUCCUUACAGGACCAAGAGUGACAUGGACUGCUUUCCAGUCCCAGCGUUUGUCCCUCUUCACUACUAACGAAGGGGGAUCUAAUCGUAUCUUCUUAUGAGGACCAAUAUCACACAUAGCACCUCUAAUUUAUUCUAGAGUGUAUUUCCGCAGUGUAUGAUCAGACAGUUAUAUUCUUUUUACUUUUUUGAAGAAAAGUUACUUACACUAUAUUUCAGACAUAAAAAUUUAUCUAGUGAAAUCUGAAACUGACCUUUCAGUUAUUUGGCUGCGUUUAAAUCUACAGGUUAAAUCUACUGUCAGUCCUGUUUUUUUUUUUCCCAAAGAGCAAGUAAUGUUAAUGGACUGAUUAUCAUGUGAGUGAUUCAUUAGUACUAGAUUUUUCUAGGUCUUAGACUAGCCCCUUUCUUCAUGUCGACAUCAAUUAAUAAUGUUUACUUUAUUUAUUGGCAAAACAUACUUUAGUUUUAUAAGAAUGUAUGAAAAUAUAUAUCGAGGUGAAAGGAACAUAGACAAUAUAUCUAAAAUAAAUAAUUUGAAGUUAAAGCAUAUGUUAGGACUUUUACAGAGAGAAACUCUAUGUCCGAUUUCUGAGAAAUCGCUGAAUAAUGGCAAGUUUCAUUAUUACAAUCUGAAACCAUAUUGGUUCAUUGAAAUAAGGUAUCGUAAGCAUGCAUCACACUGUAUCAGUGUGCCAGUGCUUUACAAGUCACAUAACCUCAAUUAUUUUUAUUUAAAUCAAGGGAACCUGUGCCUCAGUUCUUUAUUUUUUCCAUUUUUUCCUAUGGGAUCCAUGUUAUUUAUGACAUCCAUGUGGUGUGACUGCAUUUGCAUUAUUUUAGGAGACACAAGAAUCUUUGGAUGGGCAAUUCCAAUCCUAUCUUGUCUGCAGCUGUGAAAUUUAAUAUUCAGUGCUCCACAAUUAUUGGCACCCCUUCUAAAGAUUUGUAAAAUGAGUUAGUAAUAAUCCACCUUUUGGGUGAAUAUCCCAAUAUGGUUUAAUAUCACACUGACAAAAUUAGAAAAAUCCAACCAUUUUUUAAAAUAAAUUUAUUGAAAGAAAAACAAAUCCUUCAUCAAGAAAUAAUUAUUUUCAUUAAAAAUGCAUGUGCCACAAUUAAUGGAACCCCUGCCUUUAAUACUUUGUACAACCUCCCUUUGCCAGUAUAACAGCACUGAGUCUUCUCCUAUAACAUUUGAAGGUUAGAGAUUACCAAGCAAGGCAUCUGAGUCCAUUCCUCUUUACAGAAUCUCUCCACAUCAUCCAGGGUCCUAGGCCAUUUCUUGUGCUCUCUUGUCUUCAGCUCAUCCCACAGGUUUUCAGUGGGGUUCAUGUCAGGGGACUGAGAUGGCCAUGGCAGAAGCUUGAUUCUGCGGUCAGCUAACCAUUUUUGUGUUGAUUUGGAAAUGUGCUUAGGAUCACUGUCCAGCUGGAAAAUCCAAUGAUGGCCUGUUUUUUUGCUUCCAGGCAGAGGCAGCCAAAUUUUGAUCUAAAAUGUCCUGGUAUUUCAUGGAAUCCAUAAUGCCAUGUACCCUAGCGAGGUUUCCGGCAUUUGGGAUAAGGUUCAUUUCAUUAUAGCCAUCCUUCUUUUUACACCAAACCCACCUUAUAUUUAUUGUGAAAAAUCGCCAUUUUUGUUUCAUCAGACCAUUAAAUUUGGUUGCAGUCAAAGUUGUAGUAGUGUUUCGCUUGGUUCUCCAAGUGCUUAAGUUUGUGGUUGACUGACAAAAAAAGCUUUUUCUGGCAAACCUUCCAAAUAAUCUGUUACUAAGAUAUUAGUUUUAUUAGUUUUUUUAGAGACGUGGUAACCCCAAGAUUUUACUUGGUCUUGUAAUUCACCAACAAUCAUCCUUGGGGAUUUUUUUUUUUACCUCACUUACGAUCCUCUUCACUGUACAUGAGGGAAAAAUAAACUUGGGUCCUCUUCCAGGCCUAUUUGUAACAGUUCCAGUUGUUGUCCACUUUUUUAUUAUUGCCCUAACAGUAGAAAUGGGCAUUUUAUGGCGAGUAGCUAUUUUUUAAUACACAUUCCCUGACUUAUGAAGGUCAACACACUUCUCCCUCAUUUGGUGUGUAUGUUCUCUUAUCUUUCCCACGUUGAUGGAUGACUAAGGGAAUUUGGGCUCUGUGUCACCUCCUGUUCGUAUCCCUUUUAACCAGGAAAUCAUGGAUUACAGCUUGAAGGUUCCUAUUCACUCCACUCAACUCAAAAAUGUACAAUUUACUGGGGAAAGAUGCUUCUGUUACAUUGUGCUCAGUAUAAUUUCCAAGGGGUGCAAUAAUCUUGGCACAUGUGUUUUAAUUAAUUAUUUCUUGAUGAAGGAUUUUUUUUUCUUGGAAUAAAUUUGUGUUAAUGAAAGGUUGGGUUUUUAUAAAUUUUUCAGUGUAACACGAAGCUGCUUCAUCAAAAGAUGGAUUUUUCUUAACCCUUUUUACAAAUCUUUACAAGGGGUGCCAAUAAUUGUGGAGGCCACUGUAUAAAGGUUCAUAUUGAUUCAAUACUGAUCGAAUAUAAAAUUCAUUUUGAUCGAGAAAAAUCUUUGAUCUCUCUUGAGAUUAUGCAGGUAUGCUUCUUAUACUUAGCAAUCAAGUUUUACCUGUUUCUAUCUUCAUUUGUAAAUUUAAGUACAUUUCUUAAUUUGCAUUAUCCUUUUGUGCAGUGUUAAUAUUGUUAUGCAAGGGCUAAGCUUAGGUAUCAGCUUAAUUAUACAGAAGAUAAACCAUUCAUCUAUGAUGACGUACAUAGAAUAAGCUUUAUCUAUAACAUUUAGAGUGUUCUUAUACCUUUUGUUGAAAGGAUGCUAGGAUCUGUACAACCAUGUCAUUAUCCAUCCAUCUAUUGAUCAAAUUGUAGUUUCAGUGGUACACUGCUGAAUGUCUAUGAUUGUGUUUGAGUCCUUUUACACAUUAAUUAUGUAUCCAAUAAUGUGCACAUUAUACAUGCAUAAUUUCUUUGUUCUGGACAGAAAUUAAUCAGUUGUGACACUGAACAGAAAGUGAGUCUAGACAGCAGUAUAGACAUCGAACUAAGUGUCAGUUUUUUGACAUAUAUUUAUUAUGCAUAAAAUAAAGAAACAGAAAUAAGAUGAGCAUUCUAGGAAUUUAAUAGUUAAACAUGAAAUAAUACAUUUUUAGUGCAGGUUGGAGAAAAAAUUAUGUUUUACAAAAUGAAUGGAUUGCAAAAAUUGUAAUUUUCUUUGAAAUUAUCUGCCCGUCCAAAAAAAAAGUUGCCAUUUCAAUUUUUUGUUGGAUCGCCUUUAGCUUUAAUUAUGGCACACAUUUGUCAUGGCAUUGUUUCUACUGGCUUAUGCAAGAUCUCACCCUUUAUUUUCAUGCAGAUUUGCAUAUAUUUCUCAUCGAGAUCCUGUAUUGACAAGCGAGUUGAACCGCUCCAUAAAGCCUCCUUUAUCACAUCCCAAAGACCUUCAACCAAGUCAUACAAAUUCAUGACCAAGUCAUACAAAAAUGAUUCCUCAUGUUCUUUGAACCAGUCUUUGACAAUUCAAACUCAGUGAAUCUUAGCAUUCUUGUCUUGGAAAUAUGCCCAUGCCAACACGAAAGAAAAAAAUGGAUGGAGGUGUAACUUGGCCAUUCAGUAGUUUCAGGUACUCAGAUAACUUCAAUUUAUUGCGGCAUAACAUUGCAGGGCUGUAAUAAUGAUCCAGUGAUUGGCUCUUAAAUAUUUGCUGAUAUAAAUUCAAAUGGCGACCUUUUUUUUUGGCCAGGCAGUGUAUAAGAAGGAUGCUGUAUAAGAAUAAGAAUGUUUGUUCCUCCAAUUCAAAUUUCAUAUCUGUAGUGUUCUGGUUGCAAAAUUAGAUGUUGAAAUACUUAAUUUACAGAAAGUUUAUAUUAUAAUACUGAAUGUAUUCCUAGCAUAAUCAAUCUUCACCAGCAGCAUUAAAAUCUCUUCAGUAAUAUGAUUGCUUUGUGUUUGCUUAGUUCCUUUAUUUUCUCAUGCUUUUCAUAUAUUCUCUUUUUUUUGGCUAGUCUCAUGGCCCAUUUGUUUUGAAGUAUCAGCUCUGAAGGUACAUCCAAGACAUAUGGAUAUGCUUGGAAUCAUGUUACUUCUGUUCCAAAACUAGCUGAAGCUUUUACACAAGUUUAGCACAUGCACAGUAGUAAUUAUUUAUGUUAUUAUAUGUACAGUAUGUGAGCCCUUACAUUCAUAAAUAUGCCUUCUUGAAGAAAAGUUGUCUGUUGAAAAUGCAUUUAUAUAAUUUAAGUUUCGUGUGCCCAAUGGUAGAUGCAAUGCUUAAUAAAUCUAGUUAUAAAACAUGAAA